AAAAAUAAAAUUCCACAGUACCUUGAUUUUGGAUGUUGAGAGAGGAACUCGAGAGCUGUACGACCUCCACUACGAGUACUCCAACCUUACUGUACGGAUAGGAUUUUUGGUUCCGUCUGCUGUUAAUUCACUCUUUGCGAGAAGGUAACACUUGAAAGACCGCCCAUUCAAUACUCGAAAGAGUCGAUAUACUAAUAAAACUGCAACAUGUCUAAGCUUAACUCUGCGCUCCUCGAAAAAGCCGUCAACGACAUCCUAGCCUAUUCCGCUGGCGAAGAUGUCAAAAUCAACGGACAAGACAAGACCGGAAAGAAGAGGAACUUUGUGGAAACCAUCGAAGCCCAGAUUUCCUUGAAGAACUACGAUCCUGUUCGUGACAAACGUUUCUCUGGUACCUUCAAGUUACCUACUGUCCCUCGUCCCAACCUCAAGUGUUGUGUUUUGGGAAACGCUGCUCACUGCGAACAAGCGGAUCGUAUUGGUGUCGAUCACAUGAGUGUUGAGGAUUUAAAGAAACUGAACAAGAACAAGAAAUUGGUCAAGAAGCUAGCCAAGAGAUACGAUUUCUUCAUGGCUUCCGACAACAUGAUCAAGCAGAUUCCGCGUCUUCUUGGUCCUGGUCUCACCAAGGCAGGUAAAUUCCCCACCCUCAUUUCUGGAGGUGAUGAUAUGCAAGAAAAGAUCAAUGAAGUGAAGGCCACCAUCAAGUUCCAGAUGAAGAAGGUCAUGUGCCUCAAUGUUGCCGUCGGUAACGUCAGCAUGGAUGCGAAGCAGAUCAUCGUUAACACCCAGCUGUCGGCUAACUUCCUUGCAAGUCUUUUGAAGAAGCAGUGGCAAAACAUCGGAGUGAUCUACAUCAAAUCGACUAUGGGUCCCGCUAUUCAAAUUUACUUCUAGACUUCGAGAUUAAUCAUUAAGUCACUAUUUUGGAAGAUAGUUCAUCAGUUUAUAUUAGGCUUCGACACAAAUUCUUGAAUGAAAAGCAAUGAUGUUCUGACGUGUUACUCAGCUUCCAUCUAGCUAAGGUGUGUUCUUCAAUUAGGUGGCUGUGUAGAUGGGGGGUUAGGUACUUGAGCCUCAGAGAUUGGAGCAAAGGGUGUUGUCAUCUGGCAUAAAAUUUAUGCAACAGC